GCACAAACUUGGAACCAACUCGAUCAAACUCUUUCUGCAACUCUGUUAGCUGCUAGGAAAGCAAGAUGGGUACGCCGCUAGACAGACCGAACCGCCACCCAGCAAAGCAAGGCGAAACUCCCAGUGUCAGCAAGCUGUGGCAGCCUGCCGAACGUUCUCCACUUGAACCAUCUCCCUCUGCCUAUCCCCGCGAUAAAAACAUGAAUACGAACACCAAUAAGCGGUACUCAUUUCUCUCUCAUGCUUCUCUCUUCGGCGACUCCGGCGCUCCCGCCAUGCCCACAUUAACCGACACUCCCCGCACGGACGUCUCUACAUCAGUGAGCUUAGAGCGCAUACAACGGCGACAAGACUCCGGUCUGCCAACUCCUUCCACUGGGUUCUUUAUGUCAUCCUCACCCAACAUCUUGACUUCCAGCACUCCGAAUCUACUCGAGAAAGCCAGCCUGUCCGGCCUUGCUAGGAAGGGCUCUGCAAGGAGUCUGCGAAGCAAUGCAACGCGGCCUGACAUAUGGGAAAAGGAAGGCAAGAAGAGCGACGCCGCUUCCAUCGGAAGCAACCGCAACGGCUUGUCGUCGUUCGUCUCGAAGUCGGGGAAGAAGAUUGCAAAUUCCUUCAAGGGCAAACCGAAAGAAAAGACACCGAAUAUCCACAGCUUCGCUUCGAAGCGGUAUGAAACCCCUUUGGGCGCUGAUCAGUCCGCUACCGCGCGAAGAGCCGCUUUGGACGUCAAUAGUAGUUUCUACAGCACUCCCGACUCAGAAGUUGACAUGCACGAUUCUUCCAUAACUCUGGCUACUGAGACCGAUGCAGAGAGCAUGCCUUUCAUCUCACCUAAGAAUACUCGCGAGUCGCCGAAGGAGAUUCUGAAUCGCGUUCAUGAGCGAGAGGCAAAAGACAGUGGAACGCCUCCAGACUCGAAGAACGGCAAGGAUUCCGUACAUCUAGCGAACGAAGCUGCUGAUGCUCUAGAUCUGGCGCAUAUUAAACACAAUGAGGAAUCGUCGCCCACCGAUCUGCUAGACGACUAUUUCCAGGUCGAUCAUCCGAGUGUUAUCGCCGCCUUCCGCGUCGCCUCUCGCCGUAUUACCGAAAUUGAUCUUUCCCAUCUCUGGCACCAAAGAGGCAGUCUCGGGCCGUAUCAGUAA